GCAGGGCAGCAGUAUAAAUAAUAGAAGUUUGAUGAUUUAUAUGCAGAACCAACAACUACACUUGUUUUCUAUAUAUUCUUGUGUGAUCAUGAAUUCCUCCAUUUAUAUUCUUGUCUUUGUCCAGCUUUGGUUGUUCAGCUUACCAUGCAGAGAGAGUGUGUGCAUCCCAAGUGAGCGUGAGACACUUUUGAAGUUUAAGAAUAAUCUCAAUGAUCCUUCAAAUAGGCUUUGGUCUUGGAAUCAUAAUCAUACCAACUGUUGCCACUGGUAUGGAGUCCUCUGCCACAACCUCACUUCCCAUCUUCUUCAGCUUCACCUCCACACUUCUGAUUAUGCAAAUUGGGAAGCUUAUCGGAGAUGGAGCUUUGGUGGAGAGAUAAGUCCUUGUUUGGCUGAUUUAAAGCAUUUGAAUUACUUGGACUUGAGCGGCAAUCUUUUCCUUGGAGAAGGUAUGUCAAUUCCUUCUUUCCUUGGGACAAUGACUUCCUUGACUCACCUCGACCUCUCUGAUACUGGAUUCCGUGGGAAGAUUCCAUCUCAGAUUGGGAAUCUCUCCAAUUUGGUCUAUCUUGACCUGGCGUAUGCCGCCAAUGAAACAAUUCCAUCUCAGAUUGGGAAUCUCUCCAAUUUGGUGUAUCUUGUCCUUGGAGGUCAUUCUGUUGUCGAACCUCUGUUUGCUGAAAAUGUAGAAUGGGUAUCAAGUAUGUGGAAGCUUGAAUAUCUUGAUUUGAGUUAUGCAAACCUAUCCAAAGCAUUUCAUUGGCUACACACUCUCCAAUCUCUUCCUUCUUUGACCCUCCUAUGUUUGUCAGACUGCACACUCCCUCACUAUAAUGAACCAUCCUUGCUCAACUUCUCAUCUCUGCAAACUCUCAUUCUUUACAAUACUAGUUAUUCCCCUGCCAUUUCUUUUGUCCCCAAGUGGAUAUUCAAAUUGAAGAAACUUGUUUCUCUUCAAUUACAUGGUAAUGAAAUCCAAGGUCCGAUUCCUUGUGGUAUUCGAAACCUCACACUUAUUCAAAAUCUUGACUUGUCUGGAAAUUCAUUCUCAUCUUCUAUACCUGAUUGCUUAUACGGUCUUCAUCGUCUCAAGUCUUUGGAAAUUCAUUCCAGCAACUUGCAUGGGACUAUUUCUGAUGCCCUGGGAAAUUUGACUUCUCUUGUUGAACUUCAUUUGUCAAACAAUCAACUUGAAGGAACCAUUCCAACUUCUUUGGGAAAUUUGACUUCUCUUUUUGCACUUUAUUUGUCAUAUAAUCAACUUGAAGGAACAAUUCCGACUUUUUUGGGAAAUCUCCGCAACUCAAGGGAGAUAGAUUUAACAAUUCUCGAUCUCUCUAUUAAUAAAUUCAGUGGAAAUCCAUUUGAAAGUCUUGGAUCACUCUCUAAAUUGUCAUCUCUUUGGAUUGAUGGCAAUAAUUUUCAAGGAGUUGUCAAGGAAGAUGAUCUUGCAAAUCUUACAAGCUUGACGGAUUUUGGUGCAUCGGGAAACAAUUUCACUUUAAAAGUGGGUCCCAAUUGGAUUCCUAAUUUUCAACUUACCUAUUUGGAAGUGACAUCAUGGCAGUUAGGUCCCAGCUUUCCAUUGUGGAUUCAGUCACAAAACCAACUUCAAUAUGUUGGACUAUCUAACACGGGGAUUUUAGAUUCUAUUCCCACUUGGUUCUGGGAAGCACAUUCUCAGGUUUUGUAUUUAAACCUCUCUCAUAAUCAUAUCCAUGGUGAGCUUGUGACUACAAUAAAAAAUCCAAUAUCUAUCCAAACUGUUGAUCUAUGCACAAAUCACUUAUGUGGUAAAUUACCCUAUCUUUCAAAUGAUGUGUAUGACUUAGACCUUUCAACCAAUUCAUUCUCUGAAUCCAUGCAAGAUUUUUUAUGUAACAAUCAGGACAAGCCAAUGCAAUUAGAAUUUCUCAAUCUUGCAUCAAAUAAUCUGUCAGGAGAAAUACCUGAUUGUUGGAUUAAUUGGCCAUUUCUAGUGGAAGUGAAUUUACAAAGCAACCAUUUUGUUGGGAACUUCCCCCCAUCCAUGGGUUCCUUGGCUGAGCUGCAGUCAUUAGAAAUUCGUAACAACUUGCUCUCGGGAAUAUUUCCUACCAGUUUGAAGAAGACUAGCCAAUUGAUAUCCUUGGAUCUAGGAGAAAAUAAUCUUUCAGGAUGUAUUCCAACAUGGGUUGGAGAAAAGCUCUCAAAUAUGAAAAUCCUCCGCCUUCGAUCAAACAGUUUUUCCGGUCACAUUCCAAAUGAAAUAUGUCAGAUGAGUCUUCUUCAGGUUUUAGACCUUGCAAAAAAUAGUUUGUCUGGCAAUAUACCCAGCUGUUUCCGUAACUUGAGUGCCAUGACACUAGUGAACCGGAGUACAUAUCCCCUUAUCUAUUCUCAAGCACCAAAUGAUACACAAUACUUUUCGGUAUCAGGUAUAGUUAGUGUGCUACUAUGGCUAAAAGGAAGAGGAGAUGAGUAUGGAAACAUUCUGGGUUUGGUAACAAGUAUUGAUCUGUCAAGUAACAAAUUAUUAGGAGAAAUUCCUAGAGAAAUCACAGAUCUAAAUGGAUUGAACUUUUUGAACUUGUCCCACAACCAAUUGAUUGGUCCUAUUCCAGAAGGUAUUGGUAAUAUGGGAUCGUUACAAACCAUUGAUUUUUCGAGGAAUCAAAUUUCUGGUGAAAUUCCUCCAACCAUUUCUAAUUUGAGCUUUCUGAGCAUGCUAGACGUGUCUUAUAAUCAUUUGAAGGGAAAAAUUCCAACAGGAACACAAUUGCAAACCUUUGAUGCCUCCAGCUUUAUUGGCAACAAUCUAUGUGGUCCACCACUGCCCAUAAACUGCAGCUCCAAUGGGAAAACUCAUAGUUAUGAAGGAAGUCAUGGGCAUGGAGUGAAUUGGUUUUUUGUUAGUGCGACAAUUGGAUUUGUUGUGGGACUUUGGAUAGUGAUUGCUCCUUUGCUGAUUUGUAGAUCAUGGCGGCAUGCCUAUUUUCAUUUCCUUGAUCAUGUGUGGUUCAAACUUCAAUCAUUUUCCUCGUAUAGUAUCACUGUUUAGUGUUGCUUACAACCGAUGUUGUAUCAUUGUAUUGCCAGGUUGUUCAAUUUGCAUUGUAGUUAUUGCUAUCUUUUUUUUUUUUUUCAAAUUUGAGAGUCUUAUUUAAAUUCUGUUUUGGGAUGUACAUAUUUGCAUAUUGAGCAUAUUUGUAGUUAAGAUCAACUAGUUGUUCAAUUCUGUGUA